AUGAGGAAAAAGGUUGAAGCUAUGCCUUCCUUGGAAGUGAUAUUACAAAGAUUACCAGAAGCUGUUAUUGCAGCUUUAGAAGGUCCAAUUGUAAAACAAGACUUAGCCUCACUCCAGUCCUUACCUGCUUUGGACAUGAAGACAGUAGCAAUGUUGCUGAGACGGAAAAUUCCCUCACCAAUGCCUUUAUCAGAAGUAGUUCUAGAGAGGUUGCCACAGUCUAUGAUGACAAAAUUGAUCUCCCAGAAAAAUUGCUAUCCUGUGAUGCCCCUAUCAGAUAUCAUCACACCAACUAAGUCUUUGCUGCCCAUGAAGAUCUCAGGACAAACUGCGCGUACUCAGAAUGUAGUGUUAAAAGAUAUGUUGAGAUUAGAGGUUGCAUUAGAACGCUUACCUGAGGCCAUAACAAAUACUUUAUUGUCACGGAGAAGGUCUAUGUUGCUGGCGAAGAAAGGAAAGAACAAUGUUGGCCGACCGAAAAAAACGCGUCUGGACUGCAAGCCGAAUUUUCGGAAAGUCACAUUCCUCGUG